AUGCACGACGGGAGUCGACCCUGCCAUCUGGCUGGAGGGCAACUGACAAGUCGUGGAGUAUUAGUGGCGAUUUAUAUAUGCGUGGGAAGCAUCGUGAAAGCAUUUUGCGCCGUAUCAGGCUCGCCAUUGACCCAUUGCCUGGAAGGUCACCGUGCAGACGUGACAGCCAUUACGUUUCACCCAGCGCAUCCCGAAGGCAAAGUUCUCUUGACCGGGUCGCUCGAUGGCACCCUCCGAACCUGGAACACAAAUGAUUUUUCCCUGAACACACUCUUCAUCGCCCCCGGUCCUGUUGAAAGUUUAGUGAUCUCGCCUCCAGACGGAGCACGUCAACAUGAUUUGGCGUUUCUAACUUGUUCACGGAGGUGUACUGAUAGAGGAUUUGUGGACGGGAGCCAUGUCUAUGCAUACAGUCUUUCAACCGGUCGCAUCGUGGAGCGUUUAGCAAAAAUGUCAUCCAUUCCGACUCUUGUGACGAGCUCUUGUGGUGAUGUUUUCGGAGUGUUUGAGCGUAACACCAUACUUAUUUGGUCAAGUAAUUGUAGGAAAAAUUCGAUUGCAAAAACAAGAGUGCGGCUGCAUCACACAAAGCAAUUCACGGCUUUGGCUCUCCACCACACCAGCAGGUUUGUUGCCGCCGGUGAUGUAACAGGUCGUAUAUUACUUUGGUACAAUGUGCUUGCUGGCAUGUGUGAAGAUGGACAAAAAAGACGAUUCCAAUCUAUCACCACACAGAGCAGCUUGAGUGGUUCAAAAUUUGACGUGCUUGAAUGCUCACCUAAUUGUACAUUUCAUUGGCAUUCGCAACCUGUAAAGUGUUUGUUAUUCUCAGCUGACGGCAUGCACCUUGUAUCUGGAGGAGCAGAAUCCGUAAUGGUGGUUUGGAAACUUGAUGAAGCUCGUAAAUCGUACUUGCCUCGCCUCGGAGCACCUCUCAGCAAGAUUUUUCAUUUUCCAAGGGAUGCAUCCCGCGUCGUAGUAGCUUGUGUUGACAACUCCCUGCGCGUUGUGUCGCUCUCUUCCUUGGCAACAGAAUGCACGAUUCAAGGAAUACGACCCUCUUCAUCGGAUUAUGGAAUGUACAACGCAAAAGCAGUGUUAUCAACAUCUCGUGAUCCGAAGAUCUGCUCGAGUAUUGAAUCAAGGCUUCAUUCUUUCAGCAAAGCUGACACUCCGACCUGCCUUGCUAUCGAUCCAACAUCUGGUGCGCUCGCAUCCUCUGCGGCAGGUGCGAAAGUGCAGCUUUUCGACUUCACUCAGGACUCGCACAUCUCAGAUGUACAUGUUUCAUCCAACGACCAUACCUCACACGCCGACAUGAUUGGAGGACUCGAAGAAAUUGUCACACAACUUGUUUUUAGCCCUGAUGGUUUUUCCCUUGCGACCGUCUCCCGGAGAUCGGAGGGUGCUUCUUCAAGACUGGAUAAGCUCGCACGAGCUAGGCGCGCACAGUGCUUUUCCUCAUGUACGGAAUAUAUAUGCACGGAGACUCUCAAGAUCUGGGAAAGACGUGAAAAUAUUCCCUCCAACGAUUCCCCCGCGCAUGAAAAAAGGCAUGUCAGAUUCACCUGCGUAACUACCUGCGAUGCUCCACAUAAAUGUAAUGUGACAUCGGUCGCUUUUCGAAGCAACGUGCCCAAAGUAGAAACCCUCUUAUGCACAGUUUCCAUGGACGGUGAAAUAAAGCUUUGGAAACGGUCAGUGUUUUCCUCAAACAACGAAAUUUUGGCGUGGAGUUGCUGCUCCGCAAUGUUCCAUGCAGACCAGCAAUUCACCUCGAUAUUUUCAGCGAGCUUUUCCUCGGACGGCUCUUUACUUGCAACAGGUAGCUACGAUAUUGUGCUGUGGGGUCCCGACAGUUGCGUUCGCCUUUGCGGACUCAAAAAUCCAUUUAGAUCUAAUAAGACAGACCGCAGGAUUUUCCCAUCUGCUUCUAAUGAGCCAUCAUCACAUGCAGCUCAGCUCGAUAUCAAAUUCAUCACAGGUGAACCUCUGCUGGUGACCUUACAAGCUAGAAGAGUCGUAAUUUGGAAUCUCGUGACAGCUGCGGUGGUUCGCAACCUAUGUUUAUCAGGAGUUACAAUUACAGCGCAUCCUUCACGUCAUACGUUUUAUGUCUCAAUCCAAACUGGGGAACCCUCUCUAGCAGAGGGAGCAUUUUCGACUGGAAAUAGUGGACCUUCGCAAAUUGGCGAGCUUGGUAUCUAUAUCCUCGAGCUAGGUGGUCCGACGCUGCAAGCUACGAGAUGCUGGGAAUCUAUGUUUGGCAAACCGAAAGCUGUUCUGGUACCUCGAGACGAAAGCAUGUGUCGCAUCACCAUCGUGACCGAGAACAGGUUGGUUGUCACAGUAAAAAAGGAUUGCGACACACGAGGAGAGGAGGCGGACGGACAAGCAGUGCAGGAAAAUUCCCAUGCUAAAUUUGAGAAUGGCCAGGAAUUGGUGCCAGAGAGAGAUGACAACUUCACCAUCGCUAGCCACCCUUUGAAGUGUUAUUUUGGCGGUACACCUCUUCCUUCAGCCAGCCAGUCAUUCGCAGCCUCUGUCCCUUCAGCCCAAGCGCAAGCUGCAAAGAGAAUCGGUGAAAACGCAUUUUCCACGCGGGCAAGCACGACUCCAUAUGACCAGAAACGAGAUGGCAUCGGUGCAACUUCUGAAAUUUCAUCUCAUAAGCUUCCACAGUUAACAACACUCGCGCCUCGUUUUCUGGAUAACCUACUUGCACGUAAAUCUUACUGCUAG